UAGCUUUGAGUUUCAGUCGAGAGACGGGAGUAAGAAGCGAACACACCCUACAAGUCCAAGAAGUCCCAGAGCUGCUGUGGGCUAUGAGUCUGUCUCUCCUCCUGCUGCUCGCCGUCCUCGUGGAGGUGACUGAUACCAAAGCUGGUUCAGAUUUUAGGAUCUGUGCCUUCAACACACAACACUUUGGUGAAUCCAAGUCGAAGAAGAGUGACGUUAUGGGGACUCUUGCCAGGAUCAUCACACGCUGUGAUGUGUGUUUGCUCCAGGAAGUGAGAGACAGUGGAGGAAAAGCUUUACCACUGCUGCUCGACUCCCUAAAACGGUUUGACACCAAGUAUAAAUAUGAGACUGUGGCCAGCGAGAGACUGGGCAGGUCUGAGACAUACCAGGAGCAGUACGUGUUUGUGUACAGGAAGGAGACGGUGAGGGUCACGGACCAGUAUCAGUACCCUGAUAAUAAACCAGGAGACGUCGACGCUUUCUCCAGAGAGCCGUUUGCUGUCCGCUUCAGAGCGGACCGCACAGCUAUAAAGGAGUUUGUUCUCAUACCUCAGCACACCACGCCCUCCAACACCACCAAGGAGCUCGAUGCCCUCUAUGAUGUUCUACAGCAUGUGAGAAACAUGUGGAAAACUGAGAAUGUGAUGCUUCUUGGAGACUUUAAUGCGGGCUGUGGCUACCUCGCUAAGAAGAACAGGAAGAAUGUGCGCCUAAUCACAGACACGAAUCUUAUUUGGCUCAUCCCAGACGACGCUGACACCACCGUGCGAUCAACCACAUCCUGCCCCUACGACAGGAUUGUUGUGAAUGGGGAAACCUUUCACAGAGCCAUCGUGCCUGCUUCAGCCAAACCGUUUAACUUUCAAGAGGAAUACGGACUGACGGAGGAGCAGGCGCUGGGUGUCAGCGACCAUUACCCGGUGGAGGUCCUGCUAAAGGUCAAGGAUUCCAGAGCCUUUCUUGGAAGCUCAUCUAUUACCAGUGGAAACCAGUUUAUGACUUUGUUUGUCCUAAGCCAUGUUUCCUUUCAAAUAUUGACAAGGUAGUUAAAUAAUAAACCUCAAGGAUGAGAUAGGUCUGUGUUAUAACCAAGUUCAUGAACUGAUGAGAACAUGCGGAGCUGAACUUUCCAAAUACCCCUGAUGUUGGUCUGCAGGUUAAAAAAGAUAAAAUUACACAACUAUUUACCUUCAACAAUAUGUCUUUGACUGCAGUGUACAAUGGCCGAGCUGUGUGUGGAUGUGUAUGCGUGACUUCAGUGUUAGGCUGCAGAUUCACUCAGUUUAUGGCAGCUGGACCCAAAGUGUUCAAAGAUCAAAUACACAUGAUUUCAUCCACAGCACACAAAACUGUACACACAACUGACAAUGAAAGUUUCUCACCUGCUGUAAAUAUUUAUGAGUGAGGCCAGGUUUGUUUUCAGUGCAGAGGUAUGUGUAAACUUCAUGUUUCGCUGUUUUCUGUUUGUUUUUUCAGCCUUUAGUGCGACAGGACAGAAAGACGAGGAGUAAGACAUGCAGCUCACGGCUGCAGGCUCGAUUCAAACACAGGCCUAAAGGCCGUAAACUUUAGUGUGUUCCCAGGAUGAGCAGGGGAGUUUCUAAAUACGAUCGAGGACACGCUAACCUCGUUUCCUUUCUUGUUUCUGAUUGGACAGCCAAAUUGGACUUUUCUACUCCUGCACACACUAUUAAACUAUCAUUGAUUCCCA